UUUAUAUUUUAGAGAGUCCAAUCUGUUCAAGUAACAUUUCAGGGUUUCGCUCUAAUUCCUAUUCCUCUUCACUCUCUCUGUGAACCUGCGUAACUUCUCUUUCCAGAAUGAAGCGUGCAAGAGACUCUAGCUCUUCUAGGGUUUCGCCAAGUCUUGAAGCAGGAAUCAUCAAGAAACUUCGGUUGGAGAAUUUCAUGUGCCAUUCGAAUCACGAAACUGAGUUCGGAAACCACGUUAAUGUCAUCACUGGACAGAAUGGAAGUGGUAAAAGUGCAAUACUUACAGCAUUGUGUGUUGCAUUUGGUUGCCGAGCUAAAGGGACUCAAAGAGCAUCUACUUUGAAGGAUUUCAUUAAAACUGGUUCUAGUAAUGCUGUCAUCCAUGUUGAAAUUCAAAAUGAAGGAGAGGAUGCUUUCAAGCCUGAAAUAUAUGGUGAUGUUAUCAUUGUAGAACGAAGGAUAUCUGAAUCCACAAGUUCUAUUACAUUGAAAGAUCACCAAGGAAAGAAAGUUUUCAGUCGGAAAGCAGAUCUUCAAGAAAUCAUUGAACAUUUCAACAUUGAUGUGGAGAAUCCAUGUGUGAUUAUGAGUCAAGACAAAAGUAGAGAAUUUUUGCAUUCUGGGAAUAACAAAGAUAAAUUUAAGUUCUUUUACAAGGCCACACUUCUUCAGCAAGUCAAUGAUCUUCUGGAAAGCAUUUCCGUUGAAAUAACUAAUGCACGUAGAAUAGUUGAAGAGUUAGAGACUGCAAUAAGACCUAUAGAGAAAGAGCUUAAUGAGCUGCAGAUUAAAAUUAAAACAAUGGAACAUGUUGAACAAAUUUCCAUACAGGUCCAGCAGUUAAAAAAAAAACUUGCAUGGUCAUGGGUUUAUGAUGUGGACAAGAAACUUGAGGAACAAAAUGUAAGGAUUGAAAAGCUGAAGAAUCGGGUUCCUACAUGCCAAGCUAAGAUUGAUAAACAACUGCAUCAGCUUGAAAAAUUAAGUGAAAGCUGCUCUAAGAAGAAAGCUGAAAUUGCAAGUAUGACGACAUCACAAGUUAAGCAAAUGAAGGAAAAUUUAAGCCACUCUAUGACUUUGGCAAGGAAAGAAGAAUUUGAACUUCAGCGUGACUGCAAAAUCAGAACUAGUAACAUACAGAAGAUGGUACAACAACUCAAAAGGCUUGAACUACAAAGGCAAGAUAUUCACGAACAACAUGUGAAAAAUACCCAGGCUGAAGAAUCUGACAUGGUGGAAAAACUGAAGGGGCUUCGAGAUGAAGUUCGUGCCGCUGAAUCAGAAUUGGAAAGAUUGAGAGAAGAAGAGGCUAUAUUAAUGAACAACAUAAAUAGGCAAAAUGACGAUAUCAGAAGGAUUGAUGAUAAGAUCCAAGAUCAUGAAAAGAAAUAUAGUAAUAUCAUGUCUAUUCUUCGUGGUCUUCAACAACAACAAAGCAACAAGAUCUCAGCUUUUGGAGGAAAUAAAGUGAUGAAUCUGUUACGUAUAAUUGAGAGAUGUCAUCACAAGUUUAGGAUGCCUCCCAUUGGUCCAAUUGGUGCCCAUCUGAAGUUGCUUAAUGGUAAUAAAUGGGCGGUUGCGGUUGAACAUGCCAUUGGGAAAUUGCUCAAUUCUUUUAUAGUGACUGAUCACAAGGACUUUCGUCUUCUGAAACAAUGUGCAAAGGAUGCAAACUAUGGUCAUCUUCAAAUUAUUAUUUAUGAUUUUUCAACCCCAAGGCUGAUGAUACCAGAGCACAUGCUUCCUAAUACAAACUGUCCAUCAACUCUUUCCAUCUUACAAUGCGAGAAUCACACUGUGCUUAAUGUCUUAGUGGAUCUGGGAAAAGUUGAGAGACAAGUGCUUGUUAACGACUAUGAUACUGGGAAAGAGGGAAAAGUUGAGAGACAAGUGCUUGUUAACGACUAUGAUACUGGGAAAGAGGUUGCCUUUGAACAAAGGAUUCCAAAUCUGAAGGAGGUCUUUACUGUUGAUGGAUGUAAAAUGUUUUCUCGAGGUUCGGUUCAGACAACUCUUCCUCCAAAUAGGAAGCUAUAUGGUCGUCUAAGUAGUUCUGUUGAAGAUGACAUUAAGAAACUUAGUAAUGAUGCAUCUAAUGAACAGAAUGCAGCAAAUGACUAUAAAAGGAAUAAAAGGGAGGCAGAGGUCAAGCUUGAGGAUCUUGACAGGAAGAAGAAUUCUAUAAAGAGGUUUUGUGCAAAUGCUGGAAGAAGUAUUUCUUCUAAGAAGCUAGCUUUGGAGGAGGCAAAGAAUCAACAAGCUGCUGAAAGUAGCUCUACACCUUUGUCCUCAGUUGAUGAGAUUGUUGAAGAAAUUUCAGAAAUAAACAAAAAUAUAAAAGAAGAGCAGGUAUUGUUAGAAGGCCUUGAGCAGAGGAGGCAUGAAGCAGUGGCAAAAGCAAAUGAUCUUAAAGUAAAAUUUGAUGAACUGUGUGAAUCAGCAAACACUGAGCUUGCUUUCCUUCAGAAGGCUGAGAGUGAACUAAUGGAUAUUGAAAGAGAAAUAGAUUCAACCAAAAAGGCAAAGGAUCAUUAUGAUAAUGUCAUGAAAAACAAGGUCCUACAUGAUAUUAAGGAGGCAGAGGAACACUAUCUGGAGCUUACAAAAAGGCGUGAGGAGAAUGUUGAAAAGGCUUCCAUAAUUUGCUGUCAGAAUGAACUUGCUUUGUUAGGAGGUUGUGAUAGCAAAACCCCAGAGGAAAUCAGUGCCCAAUUAGAUCGUCUAAAUCAUACACUUAGGCGUGAGAGCCAAAGGUACUCUGAAUCAAUUGAUGAUCUGAGGAUGCUAUAUGCGAAAAAAGAGCGAAAGAUUCUAAAGAAGCAGCAAGUUUACAAAGCCCUUCGGCAGAAACUGAAUGCUUGCCAGAAUGCUUUAGAGUUUCGAAGGAGAAAGUUUCAGACUAAUGCAACUAAUCUCAAGCAUCAGCUUUCUUGGAAAUUUAACGGCCAUUUGAAAAAGAAAGGGAUUAGUGGAGUUAUCAAAGUUGAUUAUGAGGAGAUGACCUUAUCGAUUGAGGUACAGAUGCCCCAAGAUGCAUCAAACAGAGCUGUUCGAGACACAAGGGGGCUUUCAGGUGGGGAGCGCUCUUUUUCAACUUUGUGCUUUGCAUUAGCCCUUCACGAAAUGACUGAGGCCCCAUUUAGAGCAAUGGAUGAAUUUGAUGUCUUUAUGGACGCAGUAAGUCGAAAAAUCAGCCUGGACACUCUGAUUGAAUUUGCUGAGGCACAAGGAUCCCAAUGGAUAUUGAUCACCCCACAUGAUACCGGCUUGGUGAAGGCAGGGAACAGGGUAAAGAAGAUGCAAAUGGCAGCUCCCCGUUCUUGAUCACCUGUGAUUAUCUUUAUGAAAAUCUCUUUUGAUUUAUCUGUAUCAUUUUUGCGUUUCAUCAUGUUUCAUAUCUAAUUAUAUAUACUUCUAUGAUUUUAUAUUUUAUUUUUAAUGUGUUGUGUUGGUUAGAGCUUGUUGGAGAUGGCAUACCUUUUAAAUCUGAUUCUUUGUUAAUGUAAAUAGUUAAAAUUAUUUCCAUGUUUCGCUUUUUCCAUA